GGGGACCAGUGUUCUUCUGACAUUUCUCUUUUAUCACAAGAUCUGUUUACACGUGUUAAUUGAAUCCUAUUUUCAAAGUUAUGGCGUUAAUGGGUUGUCUGCACCUUUCACAUUAGAGCGGAAUAGAUGUAAAUUACCAGAAUAUUAACCACUGAAAGUAUAAUCAAUGUUUAGCAUUUUAUAUCUAUACAGUUCAAUUAGAUAGGAUUCUGUCCAAAUAGAUUUUUUGUCAUUUAUUCUUAAAUCAUUCAUAUAUUUUUUUUAUAAUUAAACAUUUGGGAGCUCUCUAACCCAAAAAAAGGAUCCUUAACUGUCUUUAAAAGCUUUACUACUGUGAACGAAACGUUUGCUCUUACAAACCGCAUCUUUUGGGCACCAAAACAAAAUUAGAUAUCAUGGAAGUAUAAUUGAAUCAGUUUUUUCUGCCUUUAUCUCAAGCCAGGAGCUUUCCUUUUGUUCUGAAUGACAGCUUGGGCGACAAACCCUUUCAACAGCCUUUAACACCAGCUACGACGUGUAUUAAUUCUAAAAAACUAUAUCCUCUUCUUGUGAUUUGUGACUUUUUGUAUUACAGUGGACUGCUUGUUCAAUGCCGUUUUCAUACAGAAAAUCUCAACAAGCAAACUAGAUUGCAGUAACUCGUCUGUGUCGGACUGUGACUAUUUUCAAGGCAGAUGAGAUUGAAGACUCCUGUUGCACCUUCAUUUGAUUAUUGCCGGAUGCAGCCCCCCCCCGGGGCAACAAGCUCAGCUUCGGCGUUGGUUGGGGGCCUCCUGCUUGGAUGUGCCAGCUCUCCUUUCCUGAGUGAACAUGAGACAGUAAUGUAUGGCAGCCAAACACCCCUUGUGAUCUAUAGGCUUCACUUUCACAUCAUUGCUCCACCUGGACCUGCAGAAAAUGAACAGCGCGUGGUGUAUAUGAACACUAUAUGUGGUCUGAGGGGGAAUACACCUGAGUGCACUUAAAGGUGUUGACGCAGAACGUGUAUGUGUGUGUGUGUGUGUGUGUGUGUGUGUGUGUGUGUGUUGGUUUGUAGGUGUAAAACGUAGGGAAAGAUGUGGAAUGUCCUCUCUUCCAGGGGCUCUCCCUCUGGCUCCUCUCCGGGAGGGGCUUUUCCGAUCCCUAUGCCCGUUUUGUCUAUUUCUGUCUGCCAGGGUAUUCAGGUUGGUGUGUAUCCCUUACACACACGCCGCACAUUCCCCGUCUCUUUCUCGUUAUCUCAAGACUCCUCUCACUGGAUCUUGUUUUAUCCUUCUCCCGAGUCUCACUUUUCAGAGUGUUUGUAAGUGUCCCCACCCCGGUUUCAGCUGUACGGCGAGUACAGGGAGCAGCUGGGAAACUUUGCCAGGCGGGAGGCUGCCCGUCUGCUGACAGAGAGACAAUGGAGGAGACAGGCGGGGGACAACUCCAGCGGCCGGACGGGACACGGCCGGCGGCACCAUCAGCAUCCUGUGUCCCUGGAGUCGUAUCACAGCCAAGCCUCGUCCAACAAGAAGCCUCGUCCCUACUCCAAAUGCCAAGAUUGUUUUGCUCGUGCGCGUCGGUACAUAGUGACCAAGAUGGGGGAGGACUGGAUAUUUCUGGUUCUUCUGGGACUCACCAUGGCUCUGGUCAGCUGGAGCAUGGACUACGCCAGCGCCAAGAGCCUGCAAGCUUAUAAGUGGAUGCAUGGGGAGCUGAAGGGCAACGUGCUACUCCAGUACUUGGCCUGGGUUACUUAUCCCAUGAUCCUUGUCACGUUCGCCUCGCUCUUUUGUCACCUGGUUUCCCCACAGGCCAUCGGUUCUGGCAUUCCUGAACUGAAAACCAUCCUGAGAGGUGUAGUGCUGAAGGAGUAUCUGACCCUCAAAGCCUUCAUAGCUAAAGUUGUUGGGUUGACUGCUGGCUUAGGCAGCGGGAUGCCAGUGGGCAAAGAGGGUCCAUUCGUCCACAUCGCCAGUAUCUGUGCCGCAGUGCUGAGUCAAUUCAUUUCCAUCUUCUCCGGAGUCUAUGAGAACCCUUAUGGUUACACAGACAUUCUGACUGUUGGCUGUGCCGUUGGGGUGGGAUGCUGUUUCGGCACUCCACUUGGAGGGGUGUUGUUCAGCAUUGAGGUCACGUCUACCUACUUCGCGGUGAGGAAUUACUGGCGGGGGUAUUUUGCCGCCACGUUCAGCGCCUUCAUAUUCAGAGUGCUCUCUGUUUGGAACAAGGAUGCUGUCACAAUCACAGCUCUCUUCAAGACUAACUUCCGGAUGGAUUUCCCCUUCGACCUGCAGGAGCUGCCUGCAUUCGCAAUAAUAGGGAUCUCUUGUGGCUUCCUGGGGGCGUUCUUCGUCUAUCUGAACAGACAGGUGGUUCUCUUCAUGAGGAGACCGACAGCACUCACACGCUUCCUAACCAAACAUCGAUUGAUCUACCCAGGUGCAGUAACCCUGAUCAUCGCCACCUUGACGUUUCCACCAGGAUUUGGGCAGUUUAUGGCUGGAGAGCUGAUGCCCAGAGAGUGUAUCAACUCCCUCUUUGAUAAUUUCACCUGGACCAAAAUCUCAGGAUUUCCUGCUCCUGCCGGCCUGGGUCGCUCCUCUGCGUGGCUUCAUCCUCACGUCAGCGUUUUUGUCAUCCUCCUUCUCUUCUGCGUCAUGAAGUUCUGGAUGUCAGCACUUUCCACCACAAUGCCCAUCCCAUCUGGUGCCUUUAUGCCAGUGUUCAUACUAGGAGCUGCUUUCGGCCGCCUCGUGGGGGAGAUCAUGGCCACUCUUUUCCCAAAUGGGAUCCUGUUUGAUGGGAUAGUCUACCGCAUCCUGCCGGGAGGCUACGCCGUCAUUGGUGCGGCGGCAAUGACGGGAGCCGUCACACACACGGUCUCCACUGCGGUAAUCUGCUUCGAGCUCACCGGUCAGAUCUCGCACAUCCUGCCGAUGAUGGUGGCUGUCAUCCUAGCGAACAUGGUGGCCCAGGGUCUGCAGCCUUCUCUCUACGACUCCAUCAUCCAGGUGAAGAAGCUGCCUUAUCUACCUGAACUGGCCCUCGGGCACAUCAGCAAGUAUAACAUCUUUGUGGAGGACAUCAUGGUGCGCAAAGUUAAGUUCCUGUCUUCUCAAUCCACCUAUCGGGAACUGAACCAUCUGCUAGAGACCGCAAGUCUGAAAACCAUCCCCCUAGUGGACUCUAAAGAAUCCAUGAUUCUCCUGGGCUCCAUCGAGAGGACGGAGCUUCAAGCCGUCUUUGACUGGUGGCUCUCACCCGAGAGGCGAGUCUAUGAAAGAGGCCAGAGCUCACCAGGCCAGGGCUCCAAAGUCAUCUGGGAGUCCUUCGCCUUUGUAGACGAGGAGGGCGCGGACGAGAGUGCAGACAAGCAGACUGCGCCAGUACAGGAAGAAUCUAACGGGCCAAUCGCAUCUCCCAGACCUCAGGAGCCCUCAACCAACCACAGAAGUUCAGACAAGCGCAAGCUCCCAUCUGUCAGGUCAACCCUGCAGAGGCUCUUCUCCACCACAUCUCUGUCGGGCCAGUCUGAGGCUCAGGAGGCCACGCCCCCUCCGCUGACCGACACCAUGUCCCCAGAGGAGAUCAAAGCCUGGGAAGAGGGAGAGCUGGAUAAGCCCAUUGAUAUGGAGCAGAUACGUGUAGACCCCUCCCCGUUUCAGCUGGUGGAAAGGACUUCUCUGCACAAGACCCACACUCUGUUCUCUCUGCUGGGUCUCAGUCAUGCCUAUGUCACCAGUAUCGGAAAGCUGGUGGGCGUCGUAGCGCUGAAAGAGUUGCAGAAAGCUAUAGAGGGCUCUACCCGCAGCGGGGUGAGGCUUCGUCCCCCUCUGGCCAGCUUCAGAAACGCCAGCCGGAAAACCAAGAAGCACCAACCUCCCUCGUCCACCCCUUCCUCCCCCACACGGGACAAAGACCUGUGGGGGGAGGGGAGCAGGAGGGAGGGGGAGCUGGUGCGGAUGGAGUCCAAAGAGGAUUCCAGGGGAAAGGCGCCGUCUUCAAGGGGAGCUCCCGGGGGUGACGCGGCUCUCUCCUCCCCCAGCGGCAGAGGAGCUGAUGGUGUUUCACAGGAGCUGGCAUCCCCCUCGACCUCCUGCCCCGCCUCACCUCCACCUCCUUCCUCCCCUGUGUCAGCAACCAGCCCUGUCCUCACACUUUCCUCCCUGCAGGAGGACAGGGAGAGUGAGGAGUCAGACGAGCCCAUGUAGACUGCGUUUAAGAGAAAAUACUUCACUUCCCUUCCCCCAGAGACAGAGCUUCUGUCUGGGUGGUGGAGUCGGACGGAGCCUCAGACCUUCAGACAUUCAGCUCGCAGAGAGCAGGACGAGCUAAUGCGGAUAAACCUCCUAAGACCUGUAGUCCAGGAUUCUUUUUCUACUCCUCCUCAUGAUUUUCCCUGGUUGUUUUGAAGUGACAUGUUUAGUCACGCACAUACCACGAAUGUCCAUCCAUAUCUUGGAAAUGUAGAAUGUAGCUCUGUCGUAUCUCAGUGUUUGUUAAUUUCAUUGAGAACCUUUUAAUCAAACGUUGUCUGACAGCAAUGAAUUGUAUCAUAAUUUAUAUAUUGAUGAAUACUUAAUUAAUUUGACCAAGAGGUCAAAGAGAUCAUGCUUUUAAAGUUUACUGACUAAGGUUACUGAAAUUUAAAUUAUAACUUACAUUUAUAUAAUAUUAAUGGUAAAUAUUCAAAUAAUGAUUAUGAAUAUGUAAUUUUUAAACAUAAUAAAUGUUGACUUUGUCUACUAACUUAUUUUAAUUAUGUACAUUAAAAUGUCCAUUAGUAGAAAAACCGUGAAGGUAAACACAUUUGUUCUUUGAGCGCUAAGGGUUUCCGCAUAAAUGCUUAAUUUAGAAUGCUGUUACGCAGGUGUUACUAUUAUAGUUGUGUCCAGAAAAAAUGAAAAUCGCAGACCCCUCAUUCUCCAGCAGAAAAUUGGAACCCGCCCCAACUAGGUGACUGCGACACAACGUUAUCCUAGAAGAGUCUUUGCACCGAACCACAGACGCACACAAAUCACACUCUGGGGAGCAUUCAGGUGUGAAAAGGAGGCCGUCUCAGAGCACACAGGUACUUGUGCUGUGAAAGUCACCCGUGUGUUUCAGCCUCUGAUUUCUAUCCAAGCUUUAACAAAGAAGCUGUUAGCAUUAGCAUUUUCCUGGGAUAAAAUCCCUGAUAAAAAGUAAUGUGUCUGGAAAAGCAUGACGGGUUCUGUUACACUGCUGUCAACUCGGAGACGCUGGCUCCCACCAAAAGUGGUUCAAAAAAGACGUUUUCACAUCUGUUAAGGCUCUAGAGAGAAAGAGGUCAAAAGUGAUCAACACAUGAGCAUGAGGAAUGCCAUUUGUUGGUUUGUUUAUUUGCUCUAUCUCCACCGGAGGAAAAGAAGAAGAAGAGGAGACGGGUGAAGGAGGGUUUGAAGGAGGUUUUGUCAUGCAGGAGAAAGGAAGAGAAAUCGAGUUGUUGACAGAAGAGGAGAGAGAGCGGGAACCACGUGGAAGAACCAUCCUGUGACAACCGUCCAACAAGCAUGCAUAGGUGUGAGCGUACACAGGUAUCACAAGUCACUCUGCCUCCUUCAAGCAAAUUAAUCCAGUUUUAUACAGAUUUUUUACAGAAGCCAUCCAAUUGUUUUUGCAGGAUUUUUUACAGCGGUUACUUUUUUGCACACAUUUCCAAACGAUGUCGGUUACAUGUCUUAAAUCCCAUUUGGUUGCUAUGAAAACUUGUAAUUUUUCUUUUUUCUUCAGGCAGUGAUUCAGACAAUUUACUGUACAGUGACAGACAGACACAUAUACACAGAACAUAUUACAAAGAGAUAAAAAGAGAGAGAAGGAGAAAGGCAGAGGACAAGAAGCGUCAUUUUGAGCCUGCGGAAAGGUACCGUAACUCUUGGAAGGUGGCAGUAGAAUUAUACCAAAAGAACUCAAUUGCAAACCGGUCGGUUAACAAAGAUGUGAUCAGAAAACCUUAACAUCCACAGAAAUAUAUUUGGCAUUUUGUUUUUUUUCAGUUUAUUCAUUCAUUGACAUUUUGUGAAAUAUAAAAAAGAAAAAAAAUGCAACAAAACAGCCCAAAUUGAAGCAGUGUCUUUCCAUCAAGGCCGUGCAUGUUUCCUUAAAAACUCAACCAAACUGUUUUUAUUACGAAUAAUAAUCAAAAGAACAAAUUGCAGUUUUCACCAUCAACAAAUAUAAAGCAACAGCCUUCACCUCGUGCCAAAAAACAGACAAGAUACUGCUCGCAGAGGGCUUGAUAACUACAGAAAAUUAAAGACUGUACAAGCUGUCACAUUAUUCCUCCCCACCAAGUAAUUGUUCAAUAAAUAAAUGAAUAUCUACCAUUGUGUAAAGACAUUCUGUUUGUAGUUUUGAGCAAUCUUGCUUUGAUGAGACACUGAACAGUUUUUUAGUGAAAUCAAAUGAUAGAUGUGUUAAUAAUUGAGAGCUGCCAAACAAUCCAUCUGCAAUCCCUUAACAAGUUGUGUUUGUCUUGGUGUAGAGCUCAAAACCAGAAUGAAACAAAACGCCUUUACAACCAUGACAUCUAUUCUGACUUAUACUGGGGGGGUUUCAACAAGUUAGUAGAAAAAUAAACAUUGUCCCCAACAGUACACAAAGAAGCAGUCAACCACUAAAUCCAUUCAAGUCAAUUAGGUUUUGUCCAUCCUAAAAGAUUCUCACUCAAUAAUCAAAUCAAAGUGAGAGGAGAAGGGGCUCCUCAAUUGAAAAAAAAGAGAUAAAAUCAGUUGUGUGGUGCUUGUAUAGGUCAUCAAGGGUGUCAUGCAGAGAAGGUCCUCACUUCCUUUUUAACUUCC